GCUUCGGACGUACCAGUCAGAGACAAGUUCCCUGGUUGUCCCCAUGGCUUGUCUAAGCCUUUCGCAGCUCCAGAAGUUCAAGGAGGACGGGUUCCUGGUGCUGGAAGGAUUCUUGUCUGCAGACGAGUGUGUGGCCAUGCAGCAGAGGAUUGGCGAGAUAGUGGCCAAGAUGGAUGUCCCUCUCCACUGCCUCACGGAAUUUUCCACCGAUGAAGAGGAGCAGCUUCGAGCCCAAUGCAUCUCAGACUAUUUCUUGAACAGCGGUGACAAAAUUCGAUUCUUCUUUGAGAAAGGCGUUUUUGAUAAAAAAGGAAAUUUCCUGGUCCCUCCAGAGAAAUCCAUCAACAAAAUUGGCCACGCUCUGCAUGCCCAUGACCCUGUCUUCAAGAGUGUCACACACUCCCCCAAGGUGCAGGCCUUGGUCAAAAGUUUGGGCCUUCAGAUGCCCGUGGUGGUGCAGAGCAUGUACAUCUUUAAGCAACCCCACAUUGGCGGUGAAGUCCUUCCUCACCAGGACGCCUCCUUCCUGUACACGGAACCCCUGGGCCAGCUACUGGGUUUGUGGAUCGCGUUGGAGGACGCCACCCUGGAGAAUGGCUGCCUCUGGUUCAUCCCUGGCUCCCACACCAGUGGAGUGUCAAGAAGGUUCAUCCGGGCUCCUUCUGGCUCAAUGCCUGGCACCAGGUUCCUCGGGUCAGAGCCAGCCCGGGACAACAACCUCUUUGUGCCCACACCAGUGCGGAGAGGCGCGCUGGUCCUCAUCCAUGGAGAAGUGGUGCAUAAGAGCGAGCAGAACCUCUCCGACAGCUCACGCCAUGUCUAUACUUUCCACCUCAUGGAGGCCUCUGGCACCGUUUGGAGCCCGGACAACUGCCUUGCUCUCCGGAUGAUAACCCUGCUGAAAAUCAUCCCAGGCAGAAGCUCCAGCUCCCUAGAGCCCCACUCCUGGUUUCUGGCCUUGGUGGGCCAAAGUUCUCACCUCUUCCUGCUAAGUUCCUACCUGCCAGGCUUGGUGAGCAAGAGGAAAAUCUUCUAGCCUUGGAAAUCCUGCUGUGCUCUCUUCUACUGACGGGAAAUGUUCAUCCAUUCAGCGAGCGUCUACUGAGUUCCUGCUAUGUGCCGGCUCUGUGCUAACCCUGGGGGAUGUUUUGGGGAACCACACAGACCCAGAGCCUGCCCUGACAUGCUCUACUAGAGCAUGCCACCCCUAGCAGACCCAUUUUGAACUCUCAGGAAACUCCCCAGCCCCUGUGGAUCUGUCCUAGGCUCUGCCAUGUAAAGAGACAAAGAUGGUUUGGACAGGACUGGAAAGUGAAAGGUUCUCAGGAAGGACCCGCUGGCAAGGACCUGGUGCUAUUCAGCCCAUCCUUCUCUAUCGGCACCCCUCAGCCAGGCAGCAGAGGCAGGUGUGGGGUUGGCUGAAACAGGACAACAGCCCAGGAUCUGAUUCUCUUCCCCAACCCUUCCACAUGCCCAACUUCUCCUUCAAGCGAAGCCAGUAGAGUAAAGGUCACUCCGGUUUCUGAGUAUAACCCAUAAAACCCUUUGGCUCACCUGGCUCUUUGCUAAAAUGAGGACUGGUUUUGGGUAACAAUGACACUUUCCCUUAUUGAUUGCCCAUCAUGGAUGAGCCAGGCUGGACACUUCACACACUCCAUCUCACCAGAUCCUC